AUGCAGCCUCUCGCAAUACUCCACCACUCCCGGGCUUCGACUGCUUCCAACCGGCCGCCCUCGCUUGUUUCAUGCACCACGAUUACCGGAAGCUUAGUGAGCACGAGCAUCGUAGACCAGUGCGCUGGCUACCCGUUACUGGACGAGGGCGCGGAUGGCGUGCUGCUGCUGCCAGACCUGGAAGUGAACUCACCGCAGUACGAGUGCGCAUUCUGGUUUCUGAGUUGCGAUUUCCUGUCGCGCGACGAGUCGGAAUGGAAGACGCACUGCCUGAGCCACUUCCGGGGCAAAGCUCCGCCGCGCUCUGUCCAAUGUCCCCUGUGCGAUUGGUGCAGGUCAUGUGAUGAUGACGGCUUGGUGGCGUGGAGCUGCAGAAUGCAGCAUCUCUCCGACGCGCACCUCAUCUUCGGACAGACCCUGCGGACGUCGCGCCCGGACUUCUACCUCUUCGAAUACCUGUGGCAACAACGCAUUAUAGGCGAGGCAGACCUGAAAGAGCUGAGGGGCGGAAACCACAAUCUGAACCAAGCCCCCGCGAAUUUUGUAGUGACGAACCACAGAUCCCCCCGACGAGAGCGAGGCUCCGAUCGACAGGGCGUACAGCACGUCUCCGCCCGACGAAGGCAAGCCUCGUAA